GUUUAAGGCCUUACACUCUCCUUUGGCGGCAGUGACUUUCCCUUCGGGAUUUAGGGUUGCUUAUCGUUGUUGCUGACAAUUUCAAUUAUGGCUGAGCGUGGCGGAGAUCGUGGUGGUUUUGGACGUGGCUUUGGCGGCCGUGGACGCGGAGAUCGUGGCCGAGGUGGACGACGCAGAGCUGGUGGUCGCCGCGAAGAGGAGGAGAAAUGGGUUCCGGUGACAAAACUUGGCCGUCUCGUCAAGGAGGGAAAGAUCCGCCACCUCGAACAGAUCUAUCUUCAUUCUCUCCCGAUCAAGGAGCAUCAAAUUGUUGAUACAUUGGUUGGUCCCAGUCUGAAGGAUGAAGUCAUGAAGAUUAUGCCUGUGCAGAAACAGACCAGGGCCGGGCAGAGAACUCGAUUCAAGGCGUUUGUUGUCGUUGGUGACGGAAAUGGACACGUGGGCCUCGGUGUUAAGUGUAGCAAGGAGGUCGCCACUGCCAUUCGUGGUGCCAUUAUAUUGGCCAAGCUCUCGGUGAUUCCUGUGAGAAGAGGUUACUGGGGUAACAAGAUCGGGAAGCCCCACACUGUCCCGUGCAAGGUUACUGGUAAGUGUGGUUCAGUCACAGUGCGUAUGGUUCCCGCUCCUCGGGGUGCUGGAAUUGUUGCUGCUAGGGUGCCGAAGAAGGUAUUGCAGUUCGCUGGUAUUGAGGAUGUCUUCACUUCUUCAAGAGGGUCGACUAAGACUCUUGGAAAUUUUGUCAAGGCUACUUUUGACUGUUUGCUGAAAACCUAUGGGUUCCUUACUCCUGAGUUCUGGAGGGAGACUCGCUUCACCAAAUCUCCAUUCCAAGAGUACACAGAUCUUUUGGCUAAACCUACUGGUAAGGCACUAAUCUUGGAGGACGACAGAGUCGAUGCUUGAACCAGCCAGUUUUGAUGAGAUGGGAUUUUGGAUUUUAUCCUAAUAGGCAGUAGUAAUUAUAUAUGUUUCUGGUCGUGUACGUUUCUUUUUCUUUUCAGGAACACCAUAUUUCUUCUUGUUUUUGCUGUUUUGUGUUUUAAUGCAAUGGAUGUUUACCCAUUUUCGAAUUUCGAAUACGAAACUUUAUUACGGGAGA